AUGUUCAUCAUCCUCCUUAUCGCCGUCUUAGGCAUUGCAGGAACCUUGUCCCAGGAUUCUUAUGGCAGCGACUCGUUCUCCUACUGGGGUUGUGCCUCUGUUGACCCAACAGGCUUCGGGGAGCCGAUUGUAUUUCCUGCUGGCCAACUCACUCCAGAAGUGUGCCAAACAGCCUGCGAAGGCCAGAUGUUCGCCGCUGUAUCCCCUGACACUUGUCGAUGUGGAGACAAUCCUGACGCAAUUAUUUCGGUCGACGAAGGCUCUUGUGACUAUCCUUGCACGAAGGAACCAAACUCUCCCAUGUGCGGAGGCAUCUGCCCAGAUGAAACUCCAAGCAUCUCCAAUGUGUUUGUCAUCAGUCCCGGUCUGAUGUCGGAUCAGGACCAAAUUCCAGUGGGUGAUGGCCCUGGAGGUCCGUCAACGGCAAACGAUCUCCAGCCUCUGACAAUCGUUCAAACGACCGCGACAGCUUCUCAAGGUCCUUCAAUUGAGCCUUCUCGAGGACCCCCAGUUGCACCCGUCCCUCAGGAUCCCACCCCUGCAUCUCCUACUCCUCCAGGAAACACUUUACAGGUUCCCCCUGAAAUAUCAGCCCCAGACUCAUUGAGUGCUCCAGUGCCCUCCUCUCAAAUUUCUACAGGCGACCAGUCACCAAUACUUCCUACGCAAACCCUUUCCGUGGCCUCAACCGCCCUCACUUCGUUCCUCGAUGGCCCGCCGUCUUUAAGCUUGGAGGUGCCAAACAACCCGUCUGUUUUUCAAACCCCCUCGAGCGCUAUUCCCACCUUCCCUGAGGGUACCGACUUGACGGAUCCGCCCGGUAGCACUUUGUGGCCAGAGCCUUCUACAACACCAAAGACAGAUGACGAUCCACCGGUUCCCUCUCAGAUUACAGUGUCUGGUUCCAGUCGUUUCGAUCUUCCAUUUCUGGUAGACUUAAGAGGGAUUAUUUUUAUCGCGGCAAUGAUAAUCUAG